GAAUUUGGGAGUAAUAAAGCUGUCCGAGCCUCUGUACUUCUAUUAUUCUGCCGGUGCAGUCUUAUCCAGAGCGCAAGAGACCGGAGAAGCCAAGAAUGACGUUGGGCUGGUCUACAAUAGCGGUGGCGCUAACGUGCGCCGCAGUGGUAAUGCUGCCGGGAAUCUCGUCCGACCCGCUUCCCAAUGUUCCCAUCCGACACACAGUGGGAGGGCGAAACUUCUGGAAUUCCAAUGUGAACUACACCGAAUGGGCUCUCAAGGAACAUGUUUACAAAGGCGACUGGCUCUAUUUUGUUUUUGACAAGACGCAGUUUAGUGUGCUCGAAGUCAACAAAACUGACUAUGAGUCAUGCAACUCCAACCAUGUCCUUCAUGACUAUACUCGUGGUGGAAGAGAUGUUGUUCAACUUAACGAGACCAAAACUUACUAUUUCAUUAGCGGCAAUGGGCAUUGUUUUGGUGGAACGAAAGUAGCGAUUCGUGUUGAAGAUCAUCCGCCGCCUCCAAAGGCCCAACCAAUGAAGAACAGUUCUCCUCCUACUUUCAGAGGUCACAUUCUUGUCCCAGCUCUGUUUGCCGUUGCUGCUCUGUGGGAUUCCUUGCUUUUACUUGUGUAGGAGCGCCAGCCUUAUUCAAAUUCACAUUUCUGGCUUUCCUCUAAUUGGUUAAGUGACUAUGUACCCAGGAAAAAAAACCUGGCGUGAUUUGUAUUGGUCUGUACUCAUUUGGUGUUUUCUAAUGUCGUUGACCAGUCUUGUUUCUAUACAUUUUUUGAAUUUUUGUGUUGACUAUUAUUUGAACUUUUCAUGCCUAUUGUUUGUUUGGAGAGUAGAUGAGAUCCAAAAAGUCAUAUCCCAAAUCCAAUCCCAAUCCCAAGUUUCAUUCUCGGAUAGUUUUAGCAUAAUAUAACAAUUUUGUACUC